AUGAUGGAGGAGAAUAUGACACUGGUGACAGAGUUUGUUCUCACAGGCCUUACAGAUAGCCCAGAAUUUCAGCUCCUGUUGUUCUUCAUAUUUUUAGUGAUCUACCUCACAACCAUGAUGGGGAACAUUGGGCUGGUUGUGCUUGUCUGGAUGGACUCUCACCUUCACACACCCAUGUACAUAUUCCUGAGUAGUUUAGCUUUUGCAGAUGCGUGGUCUUCCUCUUCAGUGACCCCUAAGAUGCUCAUGAACUUCUUAUCCAAAGAUAAAUCUAUAUCCAUUUUAGAAUGCCUGGCUCAAUUUUACUUUUUUGGUGUCAGUGCAACGACAGAAUGCUUCCUUUUGGCAGUGAUGGCAUAUGAUCGCUAUGCUGCCAUAUGCAAACCUCUGUUAUAUCCAGUGAGAAUGUCUAAUAGACUCUGCAGCCAACUGGUGAUUGCUUCAUAUACAAUUGGAUUUCUUCAUCUCAUGAUCCAUGUGGGUUUGUUAUUUAGAUUAACUUUCUGUAGAUCAAAUAUAAUACAUCAUUUCUAUUGUGAAAUUUUACCAUUGCUGAAGAUUUCCUGUAUUGACCCAUCUCUUAAUGCACUAGUGCUUUUCAUUUUCUCUGUCUUCAUACAAUCCUUUACUCUUAUGACAACCUUUUUUUCUUACAUAUAUGUGUUCUUUGCCAUCCUGAGAAUUAAGUCUGAAAAGGGCAGGAGCAAAGCUUUUUCUACAUGUAGUGCACAUCUGUUUUCUGUCUCUUUAUUCUAUGGCACCCUUUUAAUAAUGUAUGUGUGUCCUGGAUCUGGUGUUGCCAAGAAUCAGGACAUAAUGUACUCCUUGUUUUACACAAUCAUAAUUCCUCUAUUAAACCCAUUUAUCUACAGCCUGAGAAACAAAGAGGUUCUUGGUGCCCUGAGAAAAGUAAUAAAAAAAUAA